UUCCGCGCUUUGGUUGAACUUAUCACGUUAGUUGGUGUCUUUUUUAAGCUCGUUUAAAGUGUUUUAAAACGUAAAAAAAUACACGAUCACUAAACGUUCACUGAGUUAGCUGCCCCUGCUACGUUAGCAUGCUAGCCAGUUAGCGCCCCCCUCUUGCUGUGAGUUACACUAGUUUAGUAUUUGACUGUUUCUUGGUGUUGAUAGUAUGUAGUUUGGCGCCUUGCUUAAGGGCAGGUGUCGUUUUAUACACGCACCUAGCGUAGUAAUAUUUAAACUUAAUCAAGUGGGAACAGUUUGUAAUCCGUUUUAUUGAUUGUCUAAAGAUGUAGUUCCACACGAUCUUCAUCUGUGAAUACAACAACUGCGUAAAACCCGCUGUCAGGGAGUUCGACUCUGAUUCGUCUCCACCGUAGUUAACAUGGGGAUGUGUGUGAUUAGCAUCGAUGAGCUAACCGAGGCUAACGUCAGAAGAUGGCUGGUUCACUGGCUCUUUUGAAAACAACAGUCGGGAUUACUUUUCCAAGCGGACGCGCUCCGCGGAGGGAUCCAAAUAGUGACGGGGCACAAAAGCCAUGUGCUGCUUUGUUUACAAUAACAAUCCUCGAGCGGAGAAAUAAAAACGCGGAACUGCGUGUUUUCCGCCGCUGCGUCAAAACAAAUGCAAACGGUUCCUGCAGGAGUUCUACACCGAGGAUGACAACGGGAAGAAGGUGUUCAAAUAUGGAGCCCAGCUUGUGGCGCUGGCCCACAGGGAGCAGGUGUCUAUUUUUGUGGAUCUUGACGAUGUGGCUGAGGAAGACCCCGAGCUGGUGGAGAGCGUCUGUGAGAACGCCAAGCGCUACACCGCCCUGUUCGCCGACGCAGUCCACGAGCUGCUGCCAGAGUACAAAGAGAGAGAUAUUGUGGCCAAAGAUUCCCUGGACGUGUACAUUGAGCACAGGCUGAUGAUGGAACAGAGGGGUCGCGACCCAGCGGACACCAGAGACCCACGUAACCAAUACCCACCUGAACUCAUGAGGCGAUUCGAGCUGUACUUUAAGUCUCCCACUACAUCCAAACCUAAAGUGGUGCGUGAUGUCCGAGCCGACAGCAUUGGACACCUCGUGCCGGUUCGAGGCAUCGUCACCCGCGCCACCGAGGUCAAACCCAUGAUGGCAGUAGCUACAUACACAUGUGACCAAUGUGGUGCGGAGACUUAUCAACCAAUCCAGUCUCCCUCCUUCAUGCCCCUCAUCAUGUGUCCCAGUCAAGAGUGUGUCACCAACAAGUCAGGUGGUCGUCUCUACCUGCAGACCAGAGGCUCCAAGUUCGUGAAAUUCCAGGAGAUUCGUAUUCAGGAACAGAGCGAUCAAGUGCCUGUUGGAAACAUUCCAAGGAGCAUGUCUGUGUAUGCUCGUGGAGAGAACACCCGUCUCGCUCAGCCAGGCGACCACGUGGCCAUCACAGGCGUCUUCCUGCCCCUUCUGCGCUCAGGUUUCAUGCAAGCGCAACAGGGUCUUCUGUCAGAGACGUACAUGGAGGCCCACAGCAUCACCCUCAUGAACAAGACGGAGGAUGAUGCGCUCGGAAACGAGGAGCUGAAUGAUGAGGAGCUGCGCGGCAUCACAGAUGAAGGAUUUUAUGAGAAACUAGCUGGUUCCAUAGCACCAGAGAUCUACGGACAUGAAGACGUGAAGAAGGCUCUGCUGCUGCUGCUGGUUGGGGGGGUGGAGCAGGCUCCCAAAGGCAUGAAAAUCAGAGGCAGCAUCAAUAUCUGCCUGAUGGGAGACCCCGGAGUCGCAAAGUCCCAGCUGCUCUGCUACAUCGACCGUCUGGCUCCUCGAAGUCAGUACACAACGGGUCGUGGUUCAUCCGGAGUCGGUCUGACUGCAGCCGUGAUGCGUGACCCCGUUACUGGAGAAAUGACCCUGGAAGGUGGAGCCCUGGUGCUCGCCGACCUGGGCGUGUGCUGCAUCGACGAGUUUGACAAGAUGGCUGACGCUGACCGCACAGCCAUCCACGAGGUGAUGGAGCAGCAGACCAUUUCUAUUGCGAAGGCCGGCAUCAUGACCUCCCUCAACGCCCGCUGCUCCAUUCUAGCCGCAGCUAACCCCGCCUACGGCCGCUACAACCCCAAGAAGAGCAUCGAGGCCAACAUUCAGCUGCCGGCCGCUCUGCUCUCCAGGUUCGACCUCCUCUGGCUGAUCCAGGACAAGCCGGAUGCCGAAGCCGACCUGCGUCUGGCCCAGCACAUCACCUACGUCCACCAGCACUGCCGCCAGCCGCCCACUCACUUCACCCCCAUCGACAUGAAGCUGAUGAGACGUUACAUCGGUGUUUGUAAGAAGCGGCAGCCAGUGGUGCCCGAAGCAUUGGCUGAUUACAUCACCGCUGCUUAUGUGGAGAUGAGGAAAGAGGCGCGAGUGAGCAAGGACACCACCUUUACCUCCGCCCGAACCCUCCUCUCCAUCCUGCGUAUAUCCACUGCUCUGGCUCGUCUUCGUAUGAUGGACACUGUGGAAAAGGAGGACGUCAACGAGGCCAUGAGACUGAUGGAGAUGUCAAAGGACUCGCUACAAGCUGACAAGUCCAGCACCACAAGGGCCCAGAGACCGGCUGAUGUCAUCUUCUCUCUGGUUCGUGAGCUCGCCACAGAGGGCGUGGUCGGCCGCGGCGGAGCUGGCGGCGUGGUCCGCAUGGCCGAGGCAGAGCAGCGCUGUGUCACUCGUGGCUUCACCCCCGACCAGUUCCAGGAGGCCCUGGAGGAGUACGAGGAGCUGAACGUGUGGCAGCUCAACCAGGCCCGCAGUCGAAUCACCUUCGUCUGAGGAACCUGGGACACGUCUUCACGCACGCUGUGCUUCAGCCACCCGAGGGGAAAACUCUUUGUUUUCUACAGACUUCUAUUGAGGCUCUUUUUUUCCUCCUUCAGCAUUUUCUCAAGCAAGUCGAACAGAACCUGAACGAUUCUAAGCUCUACUCUCUUUGCAAGAAUUCUGCUGUUGGAGACUCAGUGUUUUAAGAUUCCUGUUCACCAGUAAAACACUUGUAAAUAUGUGUCAGAACUUGUUAUUUUAUGAUCUGCAGUUUAGAGUUUAAAGCUUCUGCUGAAGUGGAUUAUUUCUGUACAUUUUAAAAUCCAAACGGGCAAGAGAAAGAACAGUUGAGCCUUGUAUUGUGAUUCCCCUUCAAAUAAAUUGAUCGUUCAUUCACAAA